AUGUCACAACCCCACUCCUAUUCCUCCUCUACUGGUGCACCCUAUGCUGUCAACAGCAUGCCUCAAUGUACUGUGGGUCACCCGCAUGCAGCAGGUGGCACCAAAGGCCCCCGCUUUUCUCCUUACCCAGCACCAUCUGGAACCUCCUGUGCAGCAUUGCGCACACACAUCCCUGUCCAUGAGGACAAGACGAUCAGAGCAUCGAUAUUUGAUGUCUUUGCCUGGGACAACCACACCACAGUCUCUGACCAAGGCCUCCCUAAUCCUGCCCAGGAUCCCAAUGCGAUGUGUGGGGAUGAUGAGGGGGAUUUGAGCAAUCUCACCAGUGAUGAGCAGCAGUCGGCAGCAGGAUUGUGUGUGGAGUCACCAGUCCCUAUGCCCACUACUCAGGAAUUCUUCCUCACCCAGCAAUACACGAUUUUCUGUGUGCACAAGGUGGAUGAGGAAGACCCAGACUGGAAAUAUACGGUGGAGGACCUCAUUAUGAAGCAACUCCAGCAGACCAUCACCCAGGAUGUUGAGACCUUCAAUCCUGAGGCUCUCAAUAUUAAAUGGAGGUUGAUUGUUGUGGUGAUGGGUAGUCUUCAGAUUUCGAUCAACAAUGUUGUCAGCAUUGAUCUGGCUCUACAAAACCUGGCCCUCUCCCAUGCAGUGGGACAGCUGGGACACUGGAAGCGCAUUGCUGAGGCAAAGGAUAAGAAGAUCAAGACCAUUGGGCAAGCCAUAGCAGGGAACACAGCUACACUCAAAGCUCUGACUAUAUGCAUUGAGGGGAUUGCCAAUGUCCCCAGGUAUGCUGCCACCACUGCCAGCUCCUCUGCCAAGGGGAAGGAGAAGGCCAUCACUAUUCAGGAGCCCAUGCCACCUCCCAAGGGCACCAAGCAUCCCCUCCCAUCCACCGCCACCUCCUGCACUCAGUCUCUGAAGCCACAGGUGGUAGUAGCCAGAUCAGCAAGUUCUCCCUAG